AUGUCUGAUCUGUACAAAAGUCUUCGACCAAUUAUUGAGUUGUCCCACGUUAAUGUUGCCCUCUCGCUGUCGAGGAGAUACUCAUACCGAUAUGUGAGUCAAUACCUCGAACCCGGGCAGAAUCAUCGCUCUGGCUGGUUGCGUGAAGCAUCUGGCGAUACACUUUUUGGUGGGCAGGAUUUUUGGGUGAGAGUUUUGGGACUUCCCGAAAGGCGCGCCUGCCUAGGAAACUUUAAUGUUCAGAUGGUACGUCGCAAUUCGCCAGCAGCAGCGAGACACAACGAGUCUGGUGGGGUUUUUGCGUGGUAUGGCUUCUGGAUGUUAGGCUCGUGGUUUUCGCUGGAAGACCUCCGCAAGUCUAAAGUGGGAGGGAAAGAACUCAAGAAGCGACUCAACUGGGAGGUGAGCUGGCGCACGAUGCCAUCACUACACAUGAUCCUCUACGAUACUUGCAUCCAUGCAUGGAACAGAGAUAGUGCUGGUGUCGCGGCUCCCAUCAUGCCCACAGGAUCUGACGCUCAACCACUGACACUCCCCCUGAGUGAAGAUGGGCACUCCAGACAUGACUUGUGA